AUGCUUGGCAGCAUCUCAGAAGAUCAUCCAAUGAAGUUCAUCAGAAUUAAGCUAGAAGAGAUAUUCUCUUCUAGACGUCUAUCCACUGAGCUAUCUAGACGUCUAUCCACUGAGCUAUCAAUUUGUGUUGAUGAGUCUUUUGAAGUGUACUAUAGGGAUUCUUCUGUUGGAGUUCCAUUCCUGUGGGAAUCACAGCCCGGUACGCCUAAAGUCAAGUUCAGGGAAAGCCCUCUUCCUCCUUUAACACCCCCUCCUUCAUUCCAUUCUACUCCUAGGAGAAAUCCCUCGAAAACUCAUUUGAAAUCCAAUCUGAUACAUUCUUUUCUGCCUAAGAUAAGUGUUAAGAAAAGCCGGGAACAACAGUCACCUUCCUCAUCGUCAUCUUCAUCAUCAUGGUCACCACAUUCUGUGCCUUCGUCUCCAUUUAGUACUUCAAGCUCACGCGAACAGCAGUGCAGAAUUUCAAGUCCAAGGAUGUCUUUGCAUUCCAAGAUGGAUGAAGAUGAUUAUGGAUCGCCUACUGGUACUUUGUGCUUCAGUGCUGGCCGUAGAUCCAAUGCUAGGUCACGAGGUUGCUCAUCGAAGACAAUCAAGCUAUUGCUUGGAGAAUUUGCGUGA